GAAUGYCAGUCACCACAGCACUGGUAGCAGAAGGACAGUACAGUAAUUGAUGCUCUAAAACAUUUAGAGAGAAAGAGAGAAAGAAAGAGAGAGAGUGAAAGAGAGAGAGAGAAAGAAAGUUAGGUUAGUUAUGACCACUAAUAUAACAAAUAGUUUGAUAACCGAUGACGAUAUCGGCAACGAUUACAUCCUUAAUGUGAUUCAAUUAACCAAAUCUUCGUCUGAAGACAAAUGCUAUUACAAUAAUUUGUCAUCAAAUCUCACAGCAAUUGAUAAUCAAACAAAUUUUAGUGAUUAUAUUCCAAAUAAUACUCUUCAYUGCAAUACAACAUGGGAUCAGGUGUCGUGUUGGACGUCAACAAUGGCCGGACAGUUAUCAGUGAUUCCCUGUUUUGGCGAAUUCAAUGGUGUUCUUUACGAUAUAUUUCAAAAUUCUUCGCGAAUGUGCUAUGAAAACGGCAGUUGGGCUGAAAAGGCCGACUAUAGUAAAUGUAUGCCUUUACCUGUUUAUCAAGAGAUACCUCAUACCUUAUGGGAUGUCAGAGAUACGGUUAUUAUCUAUUAUACCGGUUAUAUCAUAUCACUUAUAGCACUGACCAUAGCUUUGUGGAUAUUCUUAUAUUUCAAAGAUUUACGUUGUGUUCGUAAUACAAUUCAUACAAAUCUAAUGAUCACAUAUAUGCUCAUUGCCAUUUGUUGGAUCAUCACUGAUAGAUUGCAUUCAAAUCCCUUGUCAAACGUUUCAAACAAAUCUGCCUGUACGCUUGUCAUACUAUUAACAUAUUUAAUGGGAACCAACUUUUUCUGGAUGUUCGUCGAGGGUCUCUAUCUUUACAUUUUGGUGGUCAAGACAUUCUCCAUAGAGUUAGUCAAAGUCCACUUAUACGCCUUUAUUGGUUGGGGUUUGCCAGCACUAGUGGUAAUUGUUUGGGCACCUGUCAAGUAUUAUUUCACUCAAAGUGACCCAAAUGGUCCGGCAGGCUGUCCGUGGCAACUCAAGGACUACUUUGAUUAUAUUUUUAUAUGUCCAGUACUACUUGUCUUAUUGGUAAAUAUAUUUUUCUUGGGCAAAAUCAUGUGGGUAUUGAUAACCAAACUGAGAGCGGCUACAUCAGCUGAGUCCAAACAAUAUCGAAARGCGGCCAAAGCCUUACUCGUGUUGACACCAUUACUAGGAGUGGCAUAUAUGUUGGUUUUGGUGACUCCAACUCACAGAACAGCUAAAGUUAUUUUUCAUUAUCUUCAAGCAUUACUUGUGUCCACACAAGGCUUCACUGUUGCUGUGCUUUACUGCUUUUGUAAUGGAGAGGUGAGAAACUCUGUUCGCCAUCACUUCGAGCGCUUUAAACUAAGGCGAACCCUAAGAGGUGGCGAAUACCCGGCCACUGGACACAGGAGUGCGUAUGCGUUCCGAUCGCUCAGAAAUGGUGACAACGUUAAGCUUUAUCGGACACGAGGAGAAAGGGAUAGGACUGAUAGGGGCUCAUGUAUUAGCUUUUCCACGACUACCACUUAUGUUACAUCCAAUAGUCAUUCAACAAAAUCUCAUCACAAGGGUAUCAAUGGAUCAGUUAAAGACUAUAAGGCCUCCUACGGGAUGGUCAGUCGUAAACCUAGUGAUGAGGAUGUUCUCUAA